GCAGUGUUGUGCUAGCACGAGCAGCUGGACUUUAAUUUUUGAAUUUUUGGUUCCUGUUGCGUUUGUUUACAUUUUUCUAAAGGUGCUGCUGAAACCCGCUGUAACCUUGAAGGCCUUGGGUUUGACUGAAGACAGUGAGGACUCCACCUUGUUAGUGCCAUUACAUACUUGUGAUUGCAAAAAUGGCAAAGCUUGCUAGACUGAACCGGGAACUGAAAAUGAUGGAGAAGAAAACCCGUCCUGGUGUUUUCCUCCGUCCAGUCAAUGAUUCCUUGGACGAAUUUCAAGCAAGUAUAACCGGAGUUGAAGGAACACCCUAUGAAAGUGGAGUUUUCAAGUUGGAAUUAAAAAUUCCUGACAAUUACCCUUUUGGCGUGCCCGUCGUGCGAUUCAUCACUCCCCUGUACCAUCCAAAUGUGGACCUGGCUGGUCGAAUUUGCCUGAAAAGCCUUAAAAUCCCUCCAGCCGGAGAUUGGAGUCCUUCAAUCAUGCUUGUCGACCUUGUAGCCGAAAUCCGAAUGCUGCUCAAACAUGCCAACCCCAACGACAGCCUCAUGCCAGAUAUUGCUCAGGAAUUCAUGCUUAACAGAGCAGAAUUCGACAAGAAAGCAAGAGAAAUGACUGAAAAACACGCUGUGCCUAGAAAUGAAGCUUCUUGCGACGCCGAAAUAGAUAGCUAACGUUAAAAUGAUUUCUUGCCCUUCUUUCAACUUCUUUUUUCCUUUGCUACUUUCAACAGAACUUAAAAUUCGUCUCAAAGGUUAAUCUUGUCACUUAAAAUAUACGAAUAAAUUUAGAUAUUUUUCGAAA